AUGCAGUUCCCAACCCUCAAGUCCCCCGAGUGGGCUCUGGACCACCCAUCUCUGCAGGCAGCCCCCCCCUCCCGCCUGCGCGUCCUGGAUCGGCGCCCCGGCCCGCACCGCCCACACUCGGCAUCCCACGGCCCCGGGGGCGGGGAGGAGGCCCAGGCCGUGCCCAUGAGGAGGGCGGGAGGGCUGCGGGAGCGGCGGUGCAUGGCGGCGGCAGCGGCAGCAGCAGCGCGGUGCCUGCGGGGUGCCCGGCGCCUCCUGCCCGCAGGUGCCCGGCGGGAGAGCUGGGAGCUGGCCCGGCUGGCGGGGCCCGUGUUUGUUGCCCAGCUGCUGGGGUUUCUGAUCAGCGUGGUCAGCUCCAUCUUCUGUGGACACCUGGGGAAAGCUGAGCUGGAUGCUGUGACUCUGGCUGUGUCUGUUAUCAACGUGACAGGAAUCUCCAUUGGUGCUGGUUUAGCCUCAGCAUGUGACACCCUGAUGUCCCAGACAUAUGGCAGCAAGAACCUGAAGCAGGUGGGCACCAUCCUGCAGAGGGGGAUCCUCAUCCUGCUGCUCUGCUGCUUCCCUUGCUGGGCUCUCUUCAUCAACACUGAGCGCAUCCUCCUGCUCAUCCGACAGGACCCCGAGGUCUCCAGGUUAACUCAGGUCUAUGUGAUGAUCUUCAUUCCAGCACUUCCUGCGGCGUUUCUGUACCAGCUGCAGACCAGAUAUUUACUGAGUCAGGAGAUCAUUUUGCCUCAGGUGUUGACAGGGAUUGCAGCCAACAUCCUCAAUGUGGCCAUGAAUGCCUUCUUCCUGUACACCCUGGAGCUGGGCAUGGUGGGCUCUGCCUGGGCUAACACCGCUUCUCAGUAUACCCAAGCCAUUCUCCUCUUCCUUUAUGUGUGGUGGAAGAAGAUUCACGUGGAGACCUGGGGAGGUUGGACCAGGGACUGUCUCCUGGACUGGGGCUCCUUUGUCCAGCUGGCAAUACCUGGCAUGCUCAUGAUGUGCAUUGAAUGGUGGACCUUUGAGAUUGGGAGCUUCUUGGCAGGGCUGCUCAGUGUGGUGGAGCUGGGAGCUCAGUCUGUCAUCUAUGAGCUCUCCUGUGCAGCAUACAUGGUGCCCCUGGGCUUCAGUGUGGCUGCAAGUGUCAGAGUGGGCAAUGCCUUGGGAUCAGGGGAUGUGGUGCAAGCCAAAACCUCCUGCAUUACUGCCCUGCUGUGCACAGGAGUUUUUGCUGUGGUAGUUGCAACAUUACUGGGAACCCUAAAAGACGUGGUGGGAUACAUCUUCACCAAUGACAAGGAGAUCGUUGUCUUGGUGUCCAAAGUGAUGAUCAUCUUUGCUCCAUUCCACUUGUUUGAUGCAGCAGCAGCAACCUGUGGUGGGGUGCUGCGGGGCACAGGGAAGCAGAAGUUGGGUGCUAUCGCCAACGCCAUCGGCUACUAUGGCAUCGGGCUGCCCACUGGCAUCUCCCUGAUGUUUGCAGCCAAGAUGGGAGUGUUAGGUCUGUGGGUGGGGAUGAUCAUUUGCAUCUCUUUGCAAGCCCUUUCCUUCUCAGCUUUUGUCAUGCGCAUGGAUUGGAAGAAAGCUGCAGAAGAGGCUCAGGUCCGAGCUGGACUGAAAAAAACACUGGAAGAUGUGAACGCCAAUGGCACAGCUGCUAACAAAACAUCUGCUGUGGAUUACAUCUCUGUUGAGACCGACACUGUGGACACCGUGGUCCUGCCUGAAAGCAUCGUGGGAGGUGAGAGGCAACCCGACCUCCAGCUCAUCGGGCAGGAGGAAACAGUUGUGGUUCCCACUCCUCCUGCUGUGCUAUGGCGGGCUCUGAUCAUCCACCGUGUCCUGGCUGCUGCCUCUGCCCUUGCUGUCCUGCUGCUGGGGGUACUGGUCCGGCUCCUGACUGGAGAUGGUUAGAACCAGUGACACUGGGGAGCUGUGCACAGAGCAGGAGGGCACACGGUGAUGCCCCAGGAGGAGGAUGGUGCAAGGGAAGGAAUUCCCCCUUGGUUCCUUGUAAAGAGUCACUUUGGCUCAGUUUCUGGUUAACUCACAAAGUUUUAUCCCACAUUGAGAGGUUUUGAAGGGGGUGAGGAGGUGGCACCUGGGAGGAAAGAGCCGGAGAGCUGGUCUCUCCCCUGUACUGCACUGGGAUGUCACUUAGGGAAGGCAGGAGUGUGUCCUGGGGCUGGCCUGGGAAGGACACAGGCCCCUUGUGCUGCUCUCCUGCUUCUUCCAGUUGUCCAUGUCCUUUGCUAAUGGCAGAGGCUGCCCACAGCUCCCACCCUAGCCUGUGCCAGCAUCCCAGCAGGGCUGAGCCCCGGGGCUGCGGCAGCACAGAGCAAGGCUGACUUUGUUGGGAGAUGCCUGACUCCUCUGAGCACUGCUGGCCCUGCUCUCCCUGCUGUGUGGCAGGCACGGGGCCUGAAGCAACUCUUCUUUG